UCCAGCUUCUUCCAGGCGAAAACUCUCGCGGCCGUUGCUAGUUAGCUAGCCACAUCGGCUAAAAUAAAAACAUCGAUCUGGUUUCGUUUUAAGUGAUUAAAAAAAGUUUAUUUUUUGUAUAAAAGCGGAGAGUUUUAUCACUCGGAUAUAACGAGGUGAAAAACAGAAGAAGAGAAAAGAGACAAAAGAAAAUCGGGGGCGGAUCAGAAAUCAAACAUGUCCUCCUCUUCCUCCUCGCAGGCAUCUUCCAGGCGGCAGUGGUGUUAUCUAUGCGACUUGCCCAAAAUGCCCUGGGCCAUGAUCUGGGAUUUUAGCGAAGCUGUGUGUCGCGGGUGUGUGAAUUAUGAAGGUGCAGACAGGAUAGAAAUGCUGAUAGACACGGCGCGGCAGCUGAAGCGCACGCAUGUGAUGCAGGACGGAAGGUCUCCAGGUCCACAGCCGGGUAGUAAACACGGCCCUGGGGCGAAAGAUGGCGCUCUGGACGGGGGCAGAAAUACUGCUGAGCGGUUUGAGAGGAGCAGAGGAGAGUUUGUCCCAGCUAGACUACCUAAUGGACUGCCCAGGCUGGAAGAUGGUGUUGUUGCAGAAGUAAGCAGGCAAAGUCCCAACGCGAGGAGAACCAUGGUGGCAGGUGUGCCGCCCAAUUUGAUGCCCCAAGGACUUGUGGGUACGCCGCAUGGCCUUUUAAUCGGUCCCAGAUCCAGCGGUGCAUCCCUGGCCAUAUCUGCGCCGAUGCUGAGCGAGCUGAACAAGAGGCAUGGCGGCGGGUUGUCGUUCAUGAACCCGGACUUUGAGAAGGACCUGAAGGAGAAACAGAGGAACGCGGAGGCGCUGGCCGAACUUUCCGAAAGCGUCCGAAAUCGGGCCGACGAUUGGGCCGGACGUCCCAAAUCUGUGCGUGACACGUUGUUGGCUCUUUCCAGCUGCACGCCAUUUAACGUGCGCUUUAAGAAAGACCACAGCCUUUUGGGGAGGGUGUUUGCAUUCGAUGCCAAGCUUGGCGUAGAUUUUGAGCUCAAAGUGUUUGUUGAGUACCCGUGUGGCUCAAACAACGUUUUCUCGAGCCUGUUGGCGUUAGUGAAGCAGAUGUUCCAGGAUAGCCAAAAAGACUCAGGCAAAGUGAUCAGCUCGGGCUUUAAAUAUGUCGAAUAUGAGAAGCGGCACGGUGCUGGCGAUUGGCAUCUUCUUUCAGAGCUUCUCAGUGAUGCUGUCCGGGCGUUUAAAGAACCACCGACCCCUGAUUCACUCCCUCAACCUUUUUUGGAUGCUGCUUAUGCAAUGUUACCCACGGCACUCUGCCAUCUCGGACGUCCUGUCCCGGCUCGGAUGCGGCGCCGAAAGGCUUCUCCAGAUCCCGAAGCAGCUGAGAGGAUGACAUCAGAGGAGCAAAUACGCCAGCACUGGUAUCCUAACGUGAGCCCACACAUUCCGACCAGUUCUUUGGCCAGCGCUAUGCCUGGCCAUCCUCCAAAUCUCCAGGAGGUGGUCCCUGUUUCCCAUGGCAGUGACCCUUCACCGAUCACCGCACUCAUGAACGUUGCAGACAAUGUUGGUGCCAUCAGCCAAUCGCCGAAAGACGUGCCAGGAAGCAGUGGUGCUCACGCUUCCAGUGCUAGCCCUUCUUCAUCUGGGCAAAGGCGACUGGCAUCACGUAACGGGGAGAAUGGAUCUGGAACAGCCACAGUUGCCACGGCAAUGCCCCCUGUUGCAGCGACAGACCAGGGUUCAGAAAUUUCUGGAGCAUCUGGAGCUCCACUUUGUUGCACCAUUUGCCAUGAACGGCUCGAGGAUACACACUUUGUCCAGUGCCCUUCGGUACUCGUGCACAAGUUCUGCUUCCCUUGUACCAGAGAUUUCAUCCGAAAUCAGGGCUCAGGAAGUGAGGUAUACUGCCCAAGUGGUGAUAAAUGCCCAUUGGUGGGCUCUAAUGUGCCCUGGGCAUUCAUGCAGGGAGAGAUUUCCACCAUCUUGGCUGGAGAUGUUAAAGUCAAGAAGGAGAGAGACCCUUAAACUGAACACGACUGUGUUGCAGUUCCUGAACCCCAAAGACGAUAACGGCACAGCACUGAAGAGAUGACUGUUCACUUGCGCAUGUCCUCUUCCUCCAUUUAGCUCGUCCCUCUGUACACGAUGAAGAAUCCAUCCAUUCAUCCGUGUGUCCUCGUCAGUGUUUGAUGGAGACCAUUUUCUUUGUCUCUGUAUUUUUUUCUUUCCUAGUACUCUAACCACCACUUUUCCAUCUACUAUCUUUUACUUUUACUCUAUUUGUUCAUCUUUCAAACUUUUAUCACCCCUUUUCUAUCUCUCUUUCUCUCUGUCUCUCUCUCUUUCUCUCCUGUUUUUCUUAAUUAAUUUCAGUUCAGUUUAUUUCAAUAUGUUUAGCGCUUUUUUUCUUUUUUAUAAAGACAGUCAUUUUCCUUUUUACUCUUGUUCCAUCACUUUUUUUCAUUCCUCAAUUAAUGCCUUUUAAUGGACAAUCAGUUAGAUUUGGGUCGCUUUUUUUACCCCAACAAUAUAUAAUAGUGCUUUACUGCAGAGCUAAAUCAGUUUAUUUUGGAUUUUAAAAUCCCUUUUUUUUAUAAAAACACUUUUGUUUAGCAUUAGCUGAAUGUGUGUCCUAAAAAUACAUAAGCAAAAGGUUUAUCUACCGAAUUCUUUCUUUCAAAUAUAAUUGAUCAGCUAAGACUACCUUCAGAUCCAACAACUAAGUAAACUUCCCCAAAACUCUGUUAAUCCAGGCUGGAAUAUAGCCUCAAUGGGACACUAUUCUAUGACAGUUUUUCUUUGAAAAUUUCUUGGUUGAUUGACUACAUUUGGCAAAAGGAUUUGCUUUCGAUUCAUCUUUCGCCCAACUGUUUCUUUAACAGCCACAACAGCACUAAAGUAGGCAUGUGCCAAUGAUUAAUAUGCAUAUUGCAAUAAUUGGACAGUCUUUUUUUUUGUUUUGUUUUGUACAAUAUUAUAAAAACAUUAUAUUCUGUAACUAAGCAACUGCCCCAUCUGCCAAACUUGUCUGUAUUAUCUGCUAUUAAAAAAAAACAAACGUAGUCUUACAUAAGGUAUACAACCUUCCGUCUGAUAGUAUAGAUUUUAUUUUAAAAAAGCCACCUAUCUAGGUAUACUUUUUUCAAUUUGGGUAAAAAGCCUUGAAAGUGUUCAUAAUAACAACAUUGUCAAAUAUUGCAAUAUAUCAUAUCACAGUCAAUGUUUAUUAAUAAAGCAUUGAUAAUUGGCACAUGCUUACAGUGUUGUUACGUUUUGUAUUUUGAUAUAUAAUAUAACACAUAUACACAGAACAUCCAUAACAUUAUGACCAUUGACAACUGAAAGGUGAAGUGAAUAACAUCAAUUAUCUUGUUACAAUGACACCUGAAAAUGGAUGGAAAUAUUAAACAUUUUGUUCCUGAAGUUGAUGUGUGAAAGCAGUAAAAAGGGCAAGUUUAAGGAUUUGAGCAACGUUGACAACGGUUUAAAAAUGGUUAAAAAGUUUAGGGUACUGACUUGGCAUCGAUUGUCCAGUCUGGUACUUGGAAUCCCCACCUCACAACGUACAGGACUUAAGGGGUCUGAUACUGACAUCUUAGUGUCACCACCUCCAGGGAUCUAGUGGAGUCCAUGCUUCGACAGGUCAGGAAAUUCUUCAAUAUUAGCUAGGCGGUCAUAAUGUUAUGGCUUAUUGGUGUGUGUGUGUAUAUAUAAAUAAUUUGAUGCAUUAUGCAUGUAUAGUAGAAAUAUUUAUAUUUUAUACAGUAUAGAUUGUAUGAACAUUUGCUGUUAAUGGUUAUUAGAUGUGCAAUUUCUAUAGAUUUGAUACCACAAACAAAACCAAAGAUAGAUGUGCUAAAAAUUCUUAUAUAUUAAAUGUUGUUACAUAUAUAUAUAUAUAUAUAUAUAUAUAUAUAUAUAACUUUGUAUAUAGAAAACAAGGCAGCAUAAAAAUUGCUUUUGGUUAAAUACCAGCGCAGUAGGUGGGGAAUAGUUCACGUAAUUAUAUUUAAUCAUGAACACGGAUGUUGUUCUUGUUAAAGUGUUAGCCGAUCAGUAUAUUUUGUAUUCUAACACUGUUGAGUUGAAGAUAUUCUGUUUUUUGUUUUGCUUUUCUACAAUUGUCAUUACAGACUUGAUAUAUUUCCAUGUAUGAUUUUUUUUCUUUCUUUCUUUUUUCUUUUUUUUUAUUAGUACUCUUUUCCUUUUACUGAUAUGUUCUGAUAUGUGUAGUCCUCACGUCUUCAGUUCUGCUUUAUGAAUAGAAAAUGUAUCUCUGGAGAAAUGUGUGCGUGAACAGAAGCACUGUUUUUGUUUAAUCAGCUCUUGGAUUGUAUUUAAAUUUAAAGAUGACCUGCUUUUCACUUACAAUAUUUCACACACAUUUGCUUUGUACAAUCACUUAAAAACUUUUCUUGAGGGAAAAUUAAAAAGCGUUUUUUUAUUAAAUACAUCCC